AUGGCUAUGAAAAGUGUCUCCUCGUCAGUUGUUGCGGAAGAAGCCAAAAAUGACAUGAGUUUUGUGUUUGCGCCUUUUGAAGUUAAAUUAGCGCGAAAAUUUACUGCACGUAUAACAGAGAAACUGGCUGAUGAUAUCUACUUGAUGAGAGAUACAGAACAACUUUCUAUUUUAUAUCAGUAUAUGGUACGUCCGAUAAAACGCUUGUCGCCGUCGAUGUAUCUUGCUAAUGCUCCUGGAGUAGCGUGCAUUGCUCGCGUUGCACGGCCAUUUAACUUACCUAGAGCAAGUCGUUGUCGUCUUUACAGAGCUUUGGCCAGUCAAUUCAAUACGGAAGAUGGGACGUGUUCAGCUUUCCUUGUCGAUUAUGGACAACACGUUGUUUGCGAUUCUUUUGCAAUAUACGAUCUUUGUGGGCAGCCAUCGGAUGUACUGAAAAUGCCAGUAGCAGCAUUCAAGUUUGGGAUCAAAGAACAAAAUCGAAACUUACAAAACUUGGAAGUCGAGAAGGAGUACGUUGUAUGCAUAGCAACAUUUGCUGUUGAUGGCAUUUAUUGGGGAAAGAUUGUGGAGGAAGCGCAACCUUCAGCAACGCAGAAGACUUGUGCUGCUGCUGCUAAUAUGGAAGAUAUCUAUUGUGAUUAUGUGAAAGUUAAGGGUACCAAUAUGGUCGUACCCUCGAUUGAACAAUCGAUUCAAAUUUCAAAAGAAAAAUUGAGAGAAAAAAACGAACGAUUGCAAGUUGAAAGGAAAUUGUUUGAGAUGAAAAAGUAG